AUGACGACGCUCUCCCGUACAGGUGCUAUGGGACGAGCACCAACAACGGCAAGAACGACGAUCGACUCUGUAAACCGCUUCAAGCCACUGCAUACAUCGGCCGCGCUUUACGCACCCAUCACACCACCACCACCACCACCCCCUCCCUCUUCAUCAUCAUCAACACCACUCACAUCCUCACCACCACCACCGCGCAGUAACGUCUCCUCUCGACCCACAAAAGUCAACCACAAACCUCUUCCCAGCGUUCCCAACACCCUCCCUAUCCUGCUCACAUCCGUCAUCCUCGCCCUCCUCUCAUGGACCGGUUUCACCAUCUACGCCACGAACAAGGAAAAACUAUCGUCGAGCAUCUUCAAAUCCGUCCUUACCACUGUCAAGACCUCCCCUGAGAUCUCUUCUCUCUUCUCUUCAUCUACCCCGGUAGUGUUGAAAAGGGAAACAUGGCUAGGUGGUCAACCACGCGUGCAAGGCGCGGUGAAUAUGAUGCAGGGACGAGUGGAUUUGGCCUUCCAAAUCCACCCACAGGGAGAGCAGGACAGGACGGCGACGGUGUACUUUACAAGUAUCAGGGAGAGCAAACACAGCCCGUUCGAGAUCGUCAGGUUCGUGGUGGUGGAGGAUGGAACGGGCAAAGUGGUCAGUCUGUUGGAGAGCGGUGGGUUUAGAAGUAUCGAUGUUGAGAGUGGAGAUAUCGUGUAA